AUGGUCGAAUGGAUUACGAAGAUUAGAGAGACGUCUCAACUCUUUAACGAUAAGAUGAAACAAAAUCAAGAAAUGGAGAAAAGCUUACGAAUAGCACAAGAAUUCUCAAAUCUAAUCGUAUAUUGUCGGGCCGUUCAGUUUGACCCCGAAAAAAUCGGGAAUUUCACGGAAAUGUCUUCAUUUCCUGAGUCGAAAGUAGAGAAAUGGUUGACACAAAACAGCUGCCAAUUUUUGCUCAAAUAUAAUAAAACUCAAUUCACUCGCAUUUACCCGAAAGGCGGUCGAAUAGAUUCAUCGAAUUACGAUCCCAUGAAGAUGUGGUUAAACGGCAUCCAAAUGGCGGCUCUUAACUAUCAGACUCCCGAUAAAGCUAUGCACUUGAAUGGCGCAAUGUUUAGACAAAACGGUCGAUCCGGUUAUGUCCUCAAGAGUGACAUCAUGUUUGACGAGUAUUUCAAUCCUUACAACAGAAGUACACUUAAAAAUGUGGAACCAAUGACUCUGACAGUGAAAAUAUUGGGGGCCAGACAUCUCGUUAAUUCUAAAAGAGGUUAUAUCAGCCCAUGGAUUGAGGUGGAAAUUGUGGGCACAGAAUAUGAUGCCAACAAACAUAAAACACAUACAAUUCCGGAUAACGGUCUGAAUCCCGUGUGGAACCAGUCAUUUAACUUCGACAUAAGUUGUCCAGAUCUAGCAUUUCUACGGCUUGUUGUGAACGACGAGGACAUGUUUGGAGACCCAAACAUUUUAGGCCACGGGACGUAUCCAAUCAAAUGCUUAAGAACUGGUAUGUAA